AUGCAAAUUUUCGUUAAAACUCUUACUGGAAAGACUAUUACCCUUGAGGUAGAGUCCUCUGAUACUAUCGAUCAAGUCAAGCAAAAGAUUCAAGACAAGGAAGGCAUUCCACCGGAUCAGCAACGUCUUAUUUUCGCAGGAAAACAACUUGAAGACGGACGUACUUUAUCCGACUAUAAUAUUCAAAAGGAAUCUACUCUUCACCUCGUAUUACGUCUUCGUGGUGGAAUGCAAAUCUUUGUAAAGACCUUAACUGGUAAAACUAUCACUCUUGAAGUAGAGUCUUCGGACACUAUCGACCAAGUUAAGCAAAAGAUUCAAGAUAAGGAAGGUAUUCCCCCAGAUCAGCAACGUCUCAUUUUCGCAGGAAAACAACUUGAAGACGGUCGUACUUUAUCAGACUAUAAUAUUCAAAAAGAAUCAACUCUUCACCUUGUGUUACGUCUUCGUGGUGGAAUGCAAAUCUUUGUUAAAACUCUCACUGGUAAAACAAUUACCCUUGAAGUAGAAUCAUCCGAUAUCAUUGACCAAGUUAAGCAAAAGAUCCAAGAUAAGGAAGGUAUCCCCCCGGAUCAGCAACGUCUCAUUUUCGCAGGAAAACAACUUGAAGAUGGUCGUACAUUAUCAGAUUAUAAUAUUCAAAAGGAAUCAACCCUUCACCUCGUAUUACGUCUUCGCGGAGGAAUGCAGAUCUUUGUUAAGACACUUACAGGAAAAACCAUAACACUUGAAGUUGAAUCAUCUGAUACAAUUGAUCAAGUCAAACAAAAAAUUCAAGAUAAGGAAGGUAUUCCUCCAGACCAGCAACGAUUGAUCUUCGCAGGCAAACAAUUAGAAGACGGUCGUACCCUUUCUGAUUACAAUAUUCAAAAAGAAUCAACACUUCAUUUGGUUCUUCGUCUUCGCGGUGGUAUGCAAAUAUUUGUUAAGACGCUUACGGGCAAGACUAUCACCCUUGAAGUUGAAUCAUCGGAUACUAUUGAUCAAGUCAAACAAAAAAUUCAAGAUAAGGAAGGUAUUCCUCCGGAUCAGCAAAGAUUGAUUUUCGCAGGCAAACAAUUAGAAGAUGGUCGUACCCUUUCUGAUUAUAAUAUUCAAAAAGAAUCAACCCUUCAUCUUGUAUUACGUCUUCGUGGUGGAAUGCAAAUAUUUGUAAAAACUUUAACUGGUAAAACUAUUACCCUUGAAGUUGAAUCAUCAGAUACCAUUGAUCAAGUUAAACAGAAAAUUCAAGACAAAGAAGGUAUUCCUCCAGAUCAGCAACGUCUUAUCUUUGCAGGCAAACAACUCGAAGAUGGUCGUACCUUAUCCGAUUAUAACAUUCAAAAAGAAUCAACACUUCAUCUUGUAUUACGUCUUCGUGGUGGAAUGCAAAUAUUUGUAAAGACUUUGACUGGUAAAACCAUUACUCUUGAAGUUGAAUCAUCAGAUACCAUUGAUCAAGUUAAGCAAAAAAUUCAAGAUAAAGAAGGUAUUCCACCAGAUCAGCAACGUUUAAUCUUUGCUGGUAAGCAAUUAGAAGAUGGACGUACACUUUCCGACUAUAAUAUCCAAAAAGAGUCUACACUUCAUUUGGUGCUUCGUCUUCGUGGUGGUCAGUAA